AUGGCACAGAACACGGACAUCGAUGAGGGCUUGUAUUCCCGUCAGCUAUACGUAUUGGGACACGAUGCCAUGCGCCGUAUGGGGCAGGCAGACGUCCUCAUCGCUGGCGCCCGCGGCCUCGGCGUGGAAAUCGCGAAGAAUGUAAUUCUGGCCGGGGUCAGAUCUGUCACUGUGCAGGACACAGGUGUGACGGAGUGGAAGGACCUAUCCUCUCAGUUUUAUCUGCGGGAGUCGCACAUUGGCCAGAACCGGGCCCUGAGCUCUCUGAAACAGCUGUCUUGUCUGAACGGUCAUGUCCAGGUCCACACCCACACUGAGCCCCUGGACAAAAAUUUCCUCAGUCAAUUCCAGGUGGUGGUGCUCACCAAUUCUUCCCUGGAGGAACAGCUGUGGGUGGGGUCAUUCUGUCACUCAAACAACAUCAAACUCAUCGUGGCUGACACCAGAGGACUCUGUGGACAGUUGUUCUGUGACUUUGGGGAGAAGUUUGAGGUCAGAGAUCAGGAUGGAGAACCUCCCGUAUCUGCCAUGAUUGCGAACAUCAGCAAGGCAAAUCCCGGGAGAGUGACGUGCACGGAUGAGGAGAGGCAUGGCUUCUCUGAGGGGAUGCUUGUAGUGUUCUCUGAGGUAAAGGGAAUGACUGAACUCAACAGCUCUGGACCAAUCAAAAUUACCGACUGUGGUGAUUAUUCCUUUACCAUCUGUGACACGUCAGGCUUCUCUGCGUACGAGAGGGGAGGAGUCGUGACCGAAGUAAAAAAAUCUAGAACCCUGAGUUUCAUGGCUCUUGAUGCAGCCCUGGAUGAAGUGUUUAGGGAUUCAAGCCUGCUGGCCAUGACUGACUAUGGCAAAGCAGAGAAGCACCUUUCUCUGCAUCUGGCCUUCAAAGCUCUGCAUGAAUUUGUGAAGAAAACCAGCAGAAUGCCCAAACCCAGGUGUCAGGCAGAUGCAGAAACUCUGGUUAACAUGACAAAAGACCUGAGCACAGCCAUUGGCUACGAGGAGCUUAAUGAGGAUGUUGUUCGCAAGCUGUCUCUCUGUGCCGACGGUGACCUUGCACCAGUCAACGCCUUCAUUGGCGGUUUGGCCGCUCAGGAGGUGAUGAAGGCCUGCAGUGGAAAAUUCACUCCGCUCAGACAGUGGCUGUAUUUCGAUGCACUGGAGUGUCUUCCUGAGGAAGAGGAGGAUGAAGCUCUUUUGACUGAAGACGCCUGUGCUCCUAGAGACUGCCGGUAUGACGGACAGGUCGCGGUGUUUGGCCAAGCCUUCCAGGAGAAACUAAAGAAGCAGAAGUAUUUUCUGGUUGGGGCUGGCGCCAUUGGCUGUGAACUGCUGAAGAACUUUGCUCUGAUUGGCUUGGGUGCUGGGGAAGGCGGGCACAUCACUGUGACUGACAUGGACUCCAUCGAGCGAUCAAAUCUGAAUCGCCAGUUUCUGUUCAGGCCUCAGGACAUUGGGAGGCAGAAAUCUGAGGUGGCAGCGGAGGCGGUUCGGGAGAUGAAUCCACAGGUGAACAUCUCCGCCCAUCAGAACCGUGUGUGUCCAGAGAGUGAGGAGGUGUACGGCUAUCGUUUCUUCACCGGCCUGGAUGGUGUGGCAGCAGCCCUGGACAACGUGGACGCCCGGGUGUACCUGGACGGCCGCUGUGUCCAGGCACAGAGGCCCAUGCUGGAAGGUGGAACUCUGGGCAGUAAGGGUCACACUCUGGUGGUAGUUCCUCACCUCACAGAGUCCUACGGCCAACCCAGAUCAGGCGCAGGCAAAUCCAUCCCUCUCUGCACCCUGAAAAACUUCCCACAUCACAUUGAGCACACCCUACAGUGGGCCAGGGACCAGUUUGAGGGACUUUUCAAACACUCUGCAGAGAACGUCAACCAGUACCUCAGAGAUAAGGAGUUUGUGGAGCGUGUGAAGGCCCGUGGGGAGGCGGAGGCAGUGGAGGUGUUGGAGGGAGUUCAGGCUAGCAUGGGAGAGCAGAGACCGCAGAGCUGGGAGGACUGUGUGGGGUGGGCGCGGCGUCAGUGGGAGACUCUUUACAACAACGAAAUCCGACAGCUUCUGUGCUGCUUCCCGCCGGACCAGUUAACCUCUUCAGGAUUGCCCUUCUGGAUGGGCACAAAGCGUUGUCCUCAUCCUUUGACCUUCGACCCCAACAAUACCACCCAUAUGGACUACAUUGUGGCGGCGGCUAACUUGUACGGGCAGAUUUACGGCAUUAAAGGAACCACGGAUCGGGUCAGCAUCCGUAAGGUCCUGGAGGGAGUCCAAGUGCCUGCGUUCACACCCAAAUCUAGCGUGAAGAUCGCUGUUACCGAUCAGGAGAUGGAGGAGAAUCGGAAGACGAGGAACACUGAGGAUAAAGCCAGACUGGAGGAGCUGAAGGAGAAGUUGUCAAAUCUACAGCUUGAUGAAGAAAAAUUCCAGAUGUUUCCUCUGGAGUUUGAGAAGGAUGAUGACACAAACUUUCACAUGGACUACAUUGUGGCGGCAUCCAACUUUAGAGCAGAGAACUAUGACAUACCUGCGGCGGAUCGGCACCAGAGCAAACUCAUCGCCGGGCACAUCAUCCCUGCUAUCGCCACGACAACAGCUGCCGUGGCAGGCCUGAUGUGUCUGGAGUUGUACAAACUGAUCCAAGGUCAGCGCAAAAUCUCCUCCUACCGAACCGCCUACGUCAACCUGGCCGUCCAAUACUGCGUCUUCUCCCAGCCUCCUAGACCCCAGACAUUCAAAGUGGCAGGAAAGCAGUAUUCCCAGUGGGAUGCGUUUGCUGUUCGGGGCCGAUCUGAUGGGGGACAGGAGGAAAUGACAUUGGAGGAGCUGAUAAAACACUUCAAGCAAACAUACAAUCUGCAGAUUACUGCCCUGUUUUACGGCCCAGCCAUGAUCUACAGCGAUGGAUCGAGUCCGAACGAUCGACUGAAGCAACGUGUUUCCGAUGUGGUUCGUGCUGCAACCAAGGCUGACAUCCCAGCACAUCAGGUGAUGCUGGAGAUCAUGCCCUCAUUCGCUGAAGACGAGGACUGUGAGACUGUUCCACCAAUCAGAUACCUCUUCAGAUAAAAAAAAAAAAAAAGAAAAGACAGAAUGCCAACUGAGGUGUGGGGACCAAACGUCACAGCAGGGAAAUGUUUACAUCAUUCAUUACUUCAGUCAC